AUGAGCAAAUCUAGAUUAAAUAAUCCCAAUCAAAAGUACGCAUUAAUCACAGGUGCAUCAUCUGGUAUAGGGUAUGAACUUGCCAAAGAGUUUAGCAAAAAAGGCUACAAGGUAAUUGGAGCUUCACCACAAUCCGUCUUACAUUUGCAGGAUUCCCUAGUCGCUGAGUAUGGAGUUAUAUCUGUCCCGUGUGAUAUCACCAACCUCGAUGAUUUAAGGAAAUUGAAGGACUUUGUAUUUGAAGAAACCGGGGGUUAUUUGGACAUCUUGUACAACAAUGCAGGAAUUGCUCUUGGUGGUCCCGCUACAUCAAUGGAUGAAACAAAGGUUGAUAAGAUUUUCCAAGUGAAUGUCAUAGGCCAUAUUAAUGCAACGAAGCAACUUACUCCAUACAUCAUUAACGCCAAAGGGUCAAUUGUGUUUACUAGCUCUGUUGCAGCAAGAGUGCCUCUUGCAUGGACUAGCAUGUACUGCGCCACAAAAGCUGCCAUAGAUUCAUAUGCUCAAACCUUGCAUGGAGAAAUGGCACCAUUUGGAGUCAAAGUUCACAGUGUCAUCACUGGAGGAGUCAACACCCACAUAGGUGAGGGAGAAAGCGUCGAUGAAGCUGAGAGACAAUUUAAGGAUUCCUUAUACUAUGUGGAUGGCGUCGUAGAAAGUGGCCUCGCAGCGAGGGAUAUGGCCACGCAUGGAAUUAGUCCUCAACUGUACGCAAAAGAUUUAGUUCCGAAGGUGUUGAAGAAAUUGACAAGGUUCAAUUUAUAUGGUGGAAGGUGGUCCUAUCUUCUUCAUUUGAUGGGUAGAUUUUAUCCGUUGUGGUUUGUGGAAUUCCUCAUGCAAUUGCUUUUUAAGCAACACAGGGUUUACAAGAAUAUUAGGAAAUCCAGGAAAUAA